ACAGCGUGUCCUCCUCUUAUAUACAAGUGGCAUGCAGCCACAACUGGCACUAUAGUACUGGGUGGGUGUAUAAGCGGCAUGUCACUAUAACGGACUUAAGCUCCAAAGAAUUGCUCAAGGAUCAUUUGACCUGGCUACUGUUCUAGGGACUCAUGAUAAGUUCCAAAAAGGACAAAAAACAUUUCCUCGUGAAAGAACACGCGUUGAUUAGUCAAUAUGCCAUCCGGAUCAGUGAAAUUGCAAAGUAUUAAAAAGCUUGGACAGGAGAAUCACAGCUAUGAGAUUACGGAUGAAGAACCAGCUGGUCCUUACAUGACUAUGACAACUUCCAAGGAGGACACAGGACAAUGUGACAAAGAGCAGCCUGCAAUAAGAGUCGGCUUCUUCCAGCUGUUCCGUUUUUCCACAUGCAAUGAAGUGCUGAUGAUGGUGCUGGGGAGCAUAUGCGCCGUGCUGCACGGCUCGGCCCAGCCCCUUAUGCUGCUGGUGUUCGGCCUGCUUACUGACACGUUCAUCGAGUACGACAUUGAGCUGAAUGAGCUGAGUGAUGAGCGGAAGGAGUGUGUGAACAACACCAUCCAUUGGAAGGAGAACUACACUGACACCAUGAACCAGUCACACUUGGGCUCUAUGUCAUGUGGGGUACUCGACAUCGAAUACGAAAUGACCAAAUUUGCCUUCUAUUAUGUUGGAAUUGGAGCAGCUGUAUUCAUUUUGGGAUACUUUCAGAUCUCUCUGUGGGUGACUGCUGCCGCCAAGCAGAUCCAGCUCAUAAGGAAAAUCUAUUUCAGCAAAGUGAUGAGGAUGGAGAUUGGCUGGUUCGACUGCACCUCGGUGGGAGAGCUCAAUACGCGCAUGUCUGAUGACAUCAACAAGAUCAAUGACGCCAUUGCGGACCAAGUCGCCAUUUUUAUGCAGCGUUUCACCACCUUUGUGUGCGGCUUCUGCAUCGGCUUUGUGAAAGGAUGGAAGUUAACGCUGGUGAUUGUGGCAGCAAGUCCACUAAUUGGCAUUGGAGCAGGCCUUAUGGCUUUGUUUGUGGCUAAGCUGACAGGCAUGGAGCUGCAGGCCUAUGCUAAAGCGGGAGCCAUUGCAGAUGAAGUCCUCUCCUCGAUCAGAACAGUGGCUGCUUUUGGUGGGGAGAAAAAAGAAGUGCAACGUUAUGACAAGAACCUAAUCUCAGCACAGCGCUGGGGCAUCAGAAAGGGUUUAAUCAUGGGCUUUUUCACUGGAUACAUGUGGCUGAUUAUCUUCCUGUGCUACGGCCUGGCUUUCUGGUAUGGAUCCAGUCUUGUGAUAGACACAGACGAAUACUCAGCAGGGACACUUCUGCAGGUAUUCUUUGGUGUUCUGAUAGCAGCCAUGAAUUUGGGACAGGCCUCGCCAUGUCUGGAGGCAUUCGCCGCAGGCCGUGGAGCAGCCACCAUCAUUUUUGAAACCAUUGAAAGGGAGCCUGAGAUUGACUGUUUAUCUGAGGCAGGAUAUAAACUUGAUAGAGUCAACGGUGACCUUGAAUUUCAUAAUGUGACCUUCCACUACCCUUCCCGACCUGAAGUUAAGAUCUUGGACAAGCUCAGUGUCUUCGUGAAGUCAGGCGAGACCACAGCCUUUGUUGGGCCGAGCGGGGCUGGGAAAAGCACAGCUGUCCAGCUCAUUCAGCGCUUCUACGACCCCAAAGAGGGCAUGGUGACCCUGGACGGUCAUGACAUCCGCGGGCUGAACAUCCAAUGGCUGCGCUCGCUCAUCGGUAUCGUGGAGCAGGAGCCUGUGCUGUUCGCCACCACCAUUGCUGAGAAUAUACGCUAUGGUCGACCUGGCGUCUCAAUGGACGACAUUGUCACCGCCACCAAAGAGGCCAAUGCAUACAACUUCAUAAUGGACCUGCCACAGAAAUUUGACACCCUAGUGGGGGAGGGUGGUGGUCAGAUGAGUGGCGGUCAGAAGCAACGUAUUGCAAUCGCCCGGGCACUAGUAAGGAACCCUCGCAUCCUGCUGCUUGACAUGGCCACCUCUGCCUUGGACAACGAGAGUGAGGCCAUGGUACAAGAGGCCUUAGAUAAAGUGCGCCUGGGACGGACCACCAUCUCCAUCGCCCACCGGCUGUCCACUAUAAAGAACGCUGAUGUGAUUGUGGGCUUUGAGCAUGGCAAGGCAGUCGAGAGGGGCAAGCAUAGUGAGCUACUGGACAGGAAGGGUGUCUACUUCACCCUUGUCACCUUGCAGAGCCAAGGAGACAAGGCCCUCAACGAGAAGGCUCGGCAAAUGGCCGAAAAUAAGGAGGACGCACCAGAGAAGCUCAGCCUGUCCAGAGCCGGCAGCUACCGGGCCAGCAUGAGAGCCUCCAUCCGCCAGAGAGCCCGAUCCCAGCUAUCCAAUCUGAUUCCGGAAUCUUCCGUUCCCAUUGUCGGAGAGCUGGGCCCCAGAGCCUACGCAGUGUCUCAAGCAGACAAAUCCAAGAAUGCCAUCGAAGAGGAAGAUGAGGAGGACCCAGUGGAGCCAGCACCAGUUGCCAGGAUCUUGAAGUACAACUUACCUGAGUGGCCUUACAUGCUUUUUGGAUCUUUGGGGGCAGCUGUGAACGGAGGAGUCAACCCUGUCUACUCGCUGCUUUUCAGUCAAAUCUUGGCGACUUUCUCAGUUACAGAUACUGUUGCUCAAAGAAAGGAGAUUGAUAGCAUCUGCCUAUUCUUUGUCAUGGUCGGCGUUGUCUCUUUCUUCACUCAAAUGCUGCAGGGUUAUGCCUUCUCCAAGUCUGGAGAGCUGCUCACCCGCAGGUUACGUCGCCUAGGCUUCCACGCCAUGCUUGGCCAGGAAAUCGGUUGGUUUGAUGAUCACAAAAACAGCCCUGGAGCUCUGACCACACGACUGGCGACUGACGCCUCACAAGUUCAAGGGGCCACUGGCUCCCAGAUCGGCAUGAUAGUAAACUCUCUGACCAACAUUGGGGUGGCCAUCCUCAUGUCCUUCUACUUCAGCUGGAAGCUCACACUGCUCAUCCUGUGCUUCCUGCCCUUCAUCGCUCUGUCAGGGGGUUUCCAGGCCAAGAUGCUCAUUGGAUUUGCCAAGCAGGAUAAACAAGCUAUGGAGGCUGCAGGACAGAUUUCUGGUGAAGCCCUCAAUAACAUUCGCACCAUUGCUGGUCUUGGAAAAGAGAGAAAUUUUGUGGACACGUAUAAUGCACAGCUGGAUGUUCCAUACCAGGCAGCCCUGAAGAAGGCUAACGUCUACGGGGGUUGUUACGGUUUCGCCCAAUGUGUCGUCUUCCUGACCAACUCCGCCUCCUAUCGGUUUGGGGGCUACUUGGUUAGCCAAGAAGGGCUCCAUUUCAGUUUGGUGUUCAGGGUCAUUUCUGCCAUUGUCACCAGCGGCACAGCCCUGGGAAGAGCCUCCUCCUACACCCCUGACUAUGCCAAGGCCAAGAUUUCAGCUGCACGUUUCUUCCAGCUGCUGGACCGAGUGCCCAAGAUUAGUGUCUACAGUGACAAAGGAGAUCAAUGGGAAAGCUUCCAAGGGAACAUUGAGUUCAUUGACUGCAAGUUCACUUACCCCACCCGACCCGACAUCCAGGUCCUCAAUGGACUGAAUGUGGCAGUGAAGACUGGCCAGACGUUGGCCUUUGUAGGUAGCAGCGGCUGUGGGAAGAGCACCAGCGUGCAGCUUCUGGAAAGGUUUUAUGACCCCGACAAGGGCAGAGUGCUGAUCGAUGGUCGCGACUCGACUCUCGUCAACGUGCCUUUCCUGCGAUCCAAAAUUGGCAUCGUGUCCCAGGAGCCAAUCUUGUUUGACUGCAGUAUCUUGGAAAACAUCAAGUAUGGUGACAACUCGCGGGACAUCAGCAUGGACGAGGUCAUCUCUGCUGCCAAGAAAUCGCAGCUACACGACUUUGUCAUGUCUCUACCUGAGAAAUACGACACAAACGUGGGUGCACAGGGUUCUCAGUUAUCUCGAGGUCAGAAACAACGCAUUGCCAUUGCCAGGGCAAUCAUCCGCGAUCCCAAGAUCCUGCUCCUGGAUGAAGCCACCUCAGCACUGGACACAGAGAGUGAGAAGACGGUGCAAGCGGCGCUGGACAAAGCUCGAGAGGGCAGGACCUGCAUCGUUAUCGCCCACCGUCUGUCCACCAUUCAGAACUCCGACAUCAUUGCUGUCAUGUCCCGAGGCUACGUGAUUGAAAAGGGAACACACGACCAUCUCAUGGCCCUGAAGGGUGCUUACUACAAGCUGGUCACCACUGGAGCACCAAUCAGCUAACGGCUCUCUGAGAGUGUCACCCAUUGGAAACACGUGUGAUGAGCAGAGAGUUAUUGUCUGAGGUGACAAGGCCAAGUACAUGCUAAAUGAACAUCAAAAAGUAACUUGAAUCUUUUUCACUUUGACAGUAUUUAUUUGUGUGAAAAACCCUGCUACACUGAGAGGGUUUGCAGAGCUAUUUUGAGACUAUGCAUCAAUGUUAUGUUUUUUUGGGGUAUAAAACAAUGCUUACCACGAUAUAACGAACAAAUUAGUUCCAUGGGAGAGAUGUCAGCGCACUAUACUAGAAAGGUAGUUUCCGUAGGAUUCAAUGGGCAUGAAAGACAGCCAAGGAUCCUUUUUCGUUAGCAAUGAUCCCAUUCAGGGUCACAAGGAAGCUGUAGUCUAUCCCAUCUGAUUUAAGGUGAUAGGUACAUACACCCAGGACUGAGCAUACGUGGUGACUGUGACCGGGAAAUGCAAGUCAGCCAGGUGAACCCCUACAAUACAAAUAACCCAAACACAGCAUAAUUCAUUCAGCGAAACAAUUCUGUUUGGGAAAUAUAAUCAGCUCUUUCGAGAAUUCAUACUUGACGAAACAGACAUAGAUAAUGCUGUUUCAACAACAAGUUAAGCAACACAUAAGUAGCUCAAAAAAAGAAGACCUCAAUGCUGUGUAUCAUAACAAAAAAAUAAUAGCAUCAAAAACCCAUGAAACUAAAAGUACAACAAGGUACAUUGUCAGUAUUGUAAAUGGCAGAUGUUUAAUAGAAUUUCUAAAAAUGUAUGUAUCAAGCCAAGGAAAUUGUAGAGAUAAGACACGACAUUAAGUAAAAGAUAUGCCUUUACAAAGCUAUUGUCAGAGAGGUAUUCAUAAUUUAAUAUCUGUAAAAUUGUGCUGCAUCAUACUGAAAACUGAUUGUAUUACUUUGGUAACAUCUUAUUUAGCUACACAAGCAUAGGAAAUAAUACAACCCCAAUUCCAAUGAAGUUGGGACGUUGUGUUAAACAUAAAUAAAAACAGAAUACAAUGAUUUGCAAAUCAUGUUCGACCUAUAUUUAAUUGAAUACACUAUAAAGACAAGAUAUUUAAUGUUCAAACUGAUAAACCUUAUUAUUUUUAGCAAAUAAUCAUUAACUUAGAAUUUUAUGGCUGCAACACAUUCCAAAAAAGCUGGGACAGGGUCAUGUUUACCACUGUGUUACAUUACCUUUUCUUUGAACAACAUUCAAUAAACGUUUGGGAACUGAGGACACUAAUUGUUGAAGCUUUGUAGGUGGAAUUCUUUCCCAUUCUUGCUUGAUAUACAGCUUCAGCUGUUCAACAGUCCGGGGUCUCCGUUGUCGUAUUUUACGCUUCAUAAUGCGCCACACAUUUUCAGUGGGAGACAGGUCUGGACUGCAGGCAGGCCAGUCUUGUUCCCGCAUUCUUUAACUACGAAGACACACUGUUGUAACACGUGCAGAAUGUGGUUUGGCAUUGUCUUGCUGAAUUAAGCAGGGACGUCCAUGAAAAAGACGUUGCUUGGAUGGCAGCGUAUGUUUCUCCAAAGCCUGUAUGUACCUUUCAGCAUUAAUGGUGCCUUCACAGAUGUGUAAGUUACCCAUGCCAUUGGCACUAACACAGCCCCAUACCAUCACAGAUGCUGGCUUUUGAACUUUGCGUCCAUAACAGUCCGGAUGGUUUGUUUCCUCUUUGGCCCGGAGGACACGACAUCCACAAUUUCCAAAAACAAUUUGAAGUGUGGACUCGUCGGACCACAGAACACUUUUCCACUUUGCAUCAGUCCAUCUUAGAUGAGCUCGGCCCAGAGAAGCGGGCGGCAUUUCUGGGUGUUGUUGAUAAAUGGCUUUUGCUUUGCAUAGUAGACUUUCAAGUUGCACUUACGGAUGUAGCGCCGAACUGUAUUUACUGACAUUGGGUUUCUGAAGUGUUCCUGAGCCCAUGUGGUGAUAUCCUUUACACAUUGAUGUCGGCUUUUGAUGCAGUGCCGCCUGAGGGAUCGAAGGUCACAGGCAUUCAAUGUUGGUUUUCGGCCUUGCCACUUACAUGCAGUGAUUUCUCCAGAUUCUCUGAACCUUUUGAUGAUAUAAUGGACCGUAGAUGAUGAAAUCCCUAAAUUCCUUGCAAUUGUACGUUGAGGAACAUUAUCCUUAAACUGUUCGACUAUUUUCUCACGCACUUGUUCACAAACAGGUGAACCUCGCCCCAUCUUUGCUUGUGAAUGACUGAGCACUUCAGGGAGGCUCCUUUUAUACCCAAUCAUGGCACCCACAAGUUCCCAAUUAGCCUGUUCACCUGUGGAAUGUUCCAAACAGUUGUUUGAUGAGCAUUCCUCAACUUCCUCAGUCUUUUUUGCCACCUGUCCCAGCUUUUUGGAACGUGUUGCAGCCAUAAAAUUCUAACUUAAUGAUUAUUUGCUAAAAACAAUAAAGUUAAUCAGUUUGAACAUUAAAUAUAUUGUCUUUGUAGUGUAUUCAAUUAAAUAUAGGUUGAACAUGAUUUGCAAAUCAUUGUAUUCUGUUUUUAUUUAUGUUUAACACAGCGUCCCAACUUCAUUGGAAUUGGGGUUGUCGAACAUUAACAUUAACAUAUUUUUAAAUGAAUACCUCUCUGAAAGCACUGAUUCAAAGUGACCAUUAAUAUUGUUGUUAAUCAGAAUUGUUGAUAUAUUCAAUGUGACUAAAGUGCAUGUGUAACAAAUGUUAGCCAAUGAUUGUCAGAAUACAGCUCUUGGGAUUCUUAAACUUGACGCCCGUAGUUGUAAAAGAAAAAAAAAAGUGUUUACAUCGAAAUUAAUCGAAUAAACUCAGUCUUGUCUUGA